AUGGACUUCCACCUCGUGCCUCGAGGCACAGACCGAAACUACACCGGGUUUCUCACAAAGACGAUCGUCUACUCAGGUACCCUGGUGGUGUUCCUAGCUUCCUUCGCCUUGACUCUCUGCGCCAUCAUCAUCCCGAAAUGGGUCAGCUACCAUAGCGAUAAGCCAGCCUACCACUACUCCUACGGCCUCCACCGCCGCUGCUCCUCCCUCUCGGAUACCUGCGAAAGUUUCCCCCAGCGAGACGACUGCCAUGGCGAUGACCGAUAUUUUUGCUCGAUGUGGCGAUCCGUCGGCUUCCUGAUGUCCUUUGCCGUUGUGUUGCAGGGCAUGAGCGUCGUCGCGUAUCUGAUUAUUCUGUCGGGCGGGAAACGGGUCCGCGAGAAUGGGUGGCGCAUUCUUAGUUUGAUGGUUAUUCUUUCGGCAGUCGUGCAGGCUGCUGGCAUGUCGGUUGUGGCAUACCUGUUCGACAACGAGGACCGGUUCUUCGUCGGCUGGAAACUCGACCAGUCUUGGAUCUUCUGCACGGUCAGUUGGUGUAUUGGGCUCGUUUGUGCGGCCGCGAUUAUCAUCGCUGGGCAGAUCUUGCCCUCGGAAGGUGGCUACGAGCUCAUACCGGACCGUGAUGAUCUGAGAGUUACUUCUUAA